UAUUUUUACUCGCUCAGAGGCGAGCAUGACUUACACACAUACAUCAAGGCUUUAUUUUGUGCUUUUGCUUCUUGUUCUGUCGUCCGAAAGAUGCUGGUCAGCAGCUAAUCUGAGUGUAGAGUGUCUGAUCAUCAACCUUGAGUAUGUGGAGUGCACAUGGCCAGAGACAUCAAGGAUGAAUUACACCUUCAGCAUUGCAUUUAAAGAUGAUGCUUUAUAUGAAGACUGUACAGAAUACAUGCUGGUAAACAAUUACACUGUAGGCUGCAGAAUUCCUCUAAAGAAUCAUGAAGAGAAAUUUGAUAAAGUUUAUACAAAAAUUUCUACUGGAGGAAACCAAUCUGUUUCACAAGCUUUUGAAUCCCUCAGUAAAUAUGUGCGGUUAAACCCUCCUUAUAACCUGUCAGUGGUGUGGUUUGAACAAAACAGCACACUCGUUCUGCAGUGGAAGAAGAGCACUAACAUUGGGAACAAGUGUAUGGUUUAUAUGGUGGAUCAGCAGACAGACACAAACCAGUACUUUAAUGUGACAGAAUCAUCAUGCAGUCUGCCGCUUGUGUCACAGAAUAAACAAUAUGCUUUCCGAGUCCGGAGCACUCUUUCUGAUAACUGUAGGCCUUCAGACCUCUGGAGUAACUGGAGCACUUGGGUGAAGUGGGGCAAUGGAGGAACAAAGACAAAUAAGAACAUCAGCAGAUCAGGCUGGUGGCAAGGGCUGUUUGCUAUUUUGCCAGUCACUUUGCUAUUCCUGCUGGUUUGGUUAUUGUUCUAUUGUGAGAGGGUAAAGAUUAUCUUACUUCCAAUUGUGCCUGACCCUAGCAAGAACUUACAAGAUUUAUUUCAUAAACAUGAUGGAAAUGUUGAGAGCUGGAUUCACAUCUCCAAAGAGCUUAAGGAAGCCUUUGAGCCAGACUACACAGAGCCUGCCUGUGAUGUAUGUGAGGUUUCACCCUCUUGUGAUGUCAGUGCCACACCUGAGGCCACUCCCACAUCCCAAGCUGACACCUGUGAUAAGACAAACACCGAAGAACAGCCUAAAGUACAGCCUGAAAAACAGCUUAGCUCAUUGGCCACAAUGGCCAGUGUGUGAUUUGUGAUCAUUUCACCUGUUUGUACUCCCAUUUUUACUUUGUAGGCUAUGUUCACAUGCUAAAUCAUCUGGGGCUGGUUGCAUAAAUCUGUUUUAGACUAGUUUUACAAGUUAGUCGUCUAAUUUUUUUCCCUUUAAGAUGGGUGUUAGUUGCAUAAAACCUUUGAUCGGUCUAAAUUAAGCCAAAAACUUAAGACUAAUGACACCCUGAUUAACUUUUUGUUAUGAUCAAUGUUGUCAUGGAAACCAGUCAACUGAUCUAGAUUCAAAAAGUGACCUGACUUUAUAUUGUGCUGUAGCAAAUUAUUUAUAUAAAUGGGCAAUAAGAACAGAAAAAGUUUUCAGAGACCAAUAAUAUUCACUGUAAGACCUUGAAAAGAAAUGCUGGAGAGACUUUCUUCUUUGACUCGUCUUUUGUGAACAUCUUUGACGGUUUGUGAAACUUACUGAUUUACACCAGUUAUUGUAGUCCAUGCCUUGUUUUUAUUAUAAUUUGCAUCACUAAAUGUGUUUAUUUGACCUGAAUUGACAGCAUUGUAUUCCUCUAAUAUGCAAAUAUUUUCUGUAAAGGAAAACUGGGUAGAGCGCCUACUCGCUGCCAUUUUGUUUUAGGUUGUUCAGUUACUUUUUCCACAAAGCUGUGUAAUUUAGACUGUCUUACUAAAGACAACCAUGAGCUUAUACAACAGUCUUUCUUCACUGACUUUGGUUAAGGCUGGAAUACACUACACAACUUAACACGACUGAACAGAUUUAAAAAAAACUAUAGACAUCACACACUUGCAGAAGUUUGCCGAGAAAAACAGGGCAUCACAAACUACGCUAUAAAAUCUGCAGACUAGCGCAUACUUUCUGCAACAAGUCCUGACUGAAAAUCUGAGCAAAAGUCUUGUAGUGUAUUUCAGCCUUAAGUCACUAUGAAACGGAAGUUGCGAAUGACUUCUUUUCCGUAUUGUGACUUAUGUCAGAGUGAAACGGCUUCUGCAAUUAGAAAAAAUGUAAGGCGGGGGUUUAUUUUGCCUUUCCCUUUUUGAUUGGUUUGUUGUAAAUUGGGCCUGGAGGGGAGGGCUAAAAAUGCCUGGCCAUUGGACAGUCAGUAUAGUUCUAUACCUCUUUUUUGUUGCUUACAUCAUGUAGUGAAGAGUUGUUGUUGAGAGGGGGAGAGGAGCUUAAUGUUUUUGAUUAAAGAUUGCAAGUGUAAAUUAAUUUAAAAAAAGGAAUGGUGUGCACGGAUAAAACAUUUAUAAUAAUCACUGCAACACUGUGUAAAACUUAGAAUUUUCUUGUUUGAUUUCAUGGUGACUUUAAGUCACACUAGUUCUUAGACACUGUCUUAAAGUCCCAGUGAAAAUUAAAAAUUACAUUCCUGUUUUUUCAUGAAAUAUUUCACCGUGUAUUGUAAAUAUCUUAGUGUGGGUCAUUCUCUUUUUAAAAUUAAUGUGCCCUCAUAAUCUUCAGUUUAAAUCUGAAAAUGCACUUCCGCCCUCUAGUGACUAUCCAAUCUCAAAUGAUGUGAGUUAGACGACUUGGACUGAGCAUCUGUUGACUCCUCCCCUUCAACUGUCAGUCUGCUGCCAGUUCCAUUUCAAAAUGCAACGACUGUAUUUAUACAUCCAAUCAAAUCUCAGUGAAAAAAACAAGCCACAUCCACUAUUUUGUCCCAUUCAACAUUCAGUUUUAUUAGAAAAUGCGUCAAAUUACGAUGCAACUUCCGGUUCACGGGGACUUUAAAAUCAUGGCUAUGUUUAUGCAACCGGCCCAUCGUGUUAUUUUCUUUUACAUUUAUUUUGUUAGAAUCUUAUUUUACAAAGUAUUUAUUAGAGAACACUGUAAAAAAGACAGAAAAAAGUAACCUUUUUUUCAAGUAAAUGAUAUGUUUUAUUUUACACCCAACUUGUAAAUAUGCGGUUAUUUGUGUAAUUUAACAUUUUUACAGCUGUCCAAAAAUAUGUGAAAAUUCUGUGAAAUAAAACAGUAAAAUUCUGUUAAAAUACAGUUUUUUACAAUGUAGAAAGAUCAAUUACAUGUCUUUUUUAUUUUUUUGAUCAAAAGCAUGUUGAUGUAUGAUAAAUAAAGGGAUUAACAAAGACAUUGAUAUUGAGCAAAUGCGAAAUAUCUUGUCAUGUCAUAAGAUUCUUAGACAGUACAUUCAACAUUUUUGUUAUAUGCUAUUUGGUAUAUGCAUAUUAAUUUAUGUAACUUUCAUGUUAGUUUGCCAACUUAUUUUCAAUGGAUUAACUUUUCAAACUUUUAACAUCCUAUAUUUUUCUUCCAUCACAAGCUAAUUUUUUAUUCUCUGCUUCACUGUCAUUGUGACAUCAUAGUUGUAAAGAUUAUGUUACUCUGUUGCGCUGUUACUAAUUUCUUAGCACGACUACAGCAGGCAGCAUCUUAGACACUGAACAGCAGACAAUAAUGGUUUGAUCUCUGUGGCUUUCUGCAAACAUGUUUGUUUACAUUAAACAUGGAGGUAAGAUUCAUUCAUGUCUUUCUGUGUUGUCAUACACCUGUAAGAUUUUGAUCUCAAUAAAACAAAGACAGUCUGUA